AUGAAGAUAUGCUCUGUUGUGUUUCAGUUGCUUAUGGUUUUAUGUAUAUUUUAGGGAAAAAAAAAGGGAAAGACAUACUAUUUCACGGGUAUUUCCCCUUCAACAUGGAAUCCUUUAGUUUAUCUGGAUUACAAUAACUUCUGGAGGACUGUGGACAAGCUGGGAAAAGAGAUUCCUCUUGAAGCACCAUGGGACAGUCCGCAUGCUGAAGAAUGGGACAAAAUGACCAUGAAAGAGCUGAUAGAAAAGAUUUGUUGGACCAAGGCUGCUAGAAAAUUUGCCACCUUCUUUGUGAAUGUCAACGUCACGUCUGAGCCUCAUGAAGUCUCCGCUCUCUGGUUCCUGUGGUAUGUGAGGCAGUGUGGGGGCACAGCCAGGAUUUUCUCUAUCACCAAUGGAGGCCAGGAGAGGAAGUUUAAUGGGGGUUCUGGUCAGAUAUCGGAGAAGAUAAUGGAACGCCUCAAAGGCAGAGUUAAACUGGAGAGACCUGUGGUCCGUAUUGAUCAGACAGGUGAUAAUGUCACUGUGGAGACUCUAAACCAUGAGAUAUAUGAGGGCAAGUAUGUGAUCAGUGCUAUCCCUCCAAUCCUGACAAUGAAGAUUCAUUUCAAACCAGAACUGCCACCAAAGAGAAACCAGUUAAUUCAACGUUUGCCUAUGGGGUGUGUCAUAAAAUGCAUGAUGUACUACAGGGAAGCCUUCUGGGAGAGGAAGGGUUAUUCCGGUUCCUUUGUCAUUGAGGAUGAAGAGUCUCCAAUUGGAAUAACCAUAGAUGACACGAAACCUGAUGGAUCUUUCCCUGCCAUUAUGGGUUUCAUCCUUACCAGAAAGGCUGUUAAACUGGCCCAUCUCAGUAAGGAGGAGAGGAAGACGAAGAUCUGUGAGGCAUAUGCCAAGGCAAUGGGGAUGGAAGAGGCUUUACAUCCUGUGCAUUAUGAAGAAAAGAACUGGAGCAUGGAGCAAUAUUCAGGGGGUUGUUACACAGCCUGCUUCCCACCAGGCAUAAUGUAUUCUUAUGGAAGGAUCAUUCGCCAGCCUGUCGACAGGAUCUACUUUGCUGGCACAGAGACAGCUACCCAAUGGAGUGGAUACAUGGAUGGGGCCGUACAGGCAGGAGAGAGAGCAGCCAGAGAGAUAUUGCACAGUAUGGGGAGGAUCUCAGAGCAUGAAAUUUGGAUGCCAGAGCCAGAGUCGAAGGAUGUCCCAGCCCAACCAUUCACCACCAGCUGCUGGGAGAGGAACCUGCCAUCCGUGCCGGGACUGCUGUGCCUGCUUAGCUCCGUCGUGUGUUUCACCUCUGUGGCUGCUGCGGGGCUGUUUGCCUAUAAAAAGGGACUACUAAUUCGAAACUAG